AUCAUAUAUUUCCAGAGUGACCAGCACUGAGCCGUACUUCCUGAGUGAAGGCGCAUACUCGCCACCGGAUGAGCUUGAAAAUACUCGCGAAAUCGUUCUGCAUGUGAUAACCAUCGGAGCUUUCAUCGAAGAUUCGUCACUGAAAGACGACUUUAACGCCGUCAGCUCAUUACUACGUAAAUACCUUCCUGAAAAGGACACUCCGUACAUCUUGGAUAUCGACCUCGACUUCUUCAGCACCAAAAACCCGUUCAAGAGUCUUCACGAGCGCGUAAACCUCUACGAGAAACUGUCUCCCCUAUUUACGUACAAGCGACCGGAAUCAAGCGAUCCUGUGGCUCUGAAAGAGUCGAUGACUGAGAGGAACGAGCAACUCGCAGAGUUGAGGAAUCUUUUCCGCCAUUUGCAAGAAUAUCGAAGUUUGCAAGGUUACGAGGGCGAGAAGACAUCACGAUAUGAAACCGUGGAGCUGAUCAGCCGAGAGGUAAAGGCCGCUUACAAAGAUUCGGAGAUUGAUUGGUUGCUGGUGUACGACGCAGGUUGUACCAUCGACGAUACAGCCUUGCCUGAGCACGUGACGGAAUCCAACGAUCUCGAUCGCUUGAUCGGUGGUACUUUCAAAUUAUUCCUCGCGGCUCUGCCUACAGCUCCGACUAUUGUCACCAUCGCCAGAUCCAGCGAGGACGAAUACUGUCCUCCUGAAAACGUUGAGCAAAUUCAAUGUGCGGUUCUCGAUGAACUUCACUUACGACUCGGGACAGAAGUGGAUGUUCAGCUUGCUUAUCAACAAGACGAAGAACAGCAAUGAAUUUUAAGCAAAGAGAUGUUCCCUUCCUUUUAAUCCAUGGAAUCAUAAUUUGUCAAAUAAAGAUGCUUUUAAAACGGUAAA